AUGAUGCGAUAUCGUGAUUCUUCACUUUCAUUGGACAGAGCACUUCUGGGUAUAAGUGACUGCAUACAUCCAGGUAUCCUGCACUAUAUCUUUGAUUUCACUGUGGACGGAGCAAGAAAUGGAAGGCACAGAGGUUACCCGCUCACCUCCAUCAAGUAUCCCUGUCUUGUCACUCGUGAAGUCAGCUCAACAACAACAUGGCUUGCGUCAUGGUGA